CAACCUCUCAAGCAUACACAAAUAUAUACAUAUACAAAUAUAUACAUACACACACACACACACACAUAUAUAUAUACAAGUCUCUUGUGUUUGGUCCUCAGAUUCUUUAGUCCAUAACUUUAUACUUUCUUGUAAAAAUUCAUAUAUAUGGAUAUCAUAAAGAGAAAGUGGAAGAAGAAUAUGAUCGCCAACGCAUGGAAGAGAUGUAGUUUACAAAGAGAGAGCAGCAGCAAAGUACUCAACUCAUUGACUAAGAGCAAGUCAUGCCACUGCAGUUCCACUACUAGGAAGAGCAAAGGCCAGGUAGCUCCGGACGGGUGUUUUUCAGUCUACGUUGGACCACAAAGACAACGGUUUGUAGUGAAGACGGAGUUUGCAAAUCAUCCGUUGUUUAAGAUGCUGCUGGAUGAUGCCGAAAUGGAAUACGGUUACAACUGCGACGGUCCGAUUUUGCUUCCUUGUGAUGUGGAUUUGUUUUAUAAUGUGUUGGCUGAGAUGGAGAGCAGUGAGGAAACUAGUACUCCUAAUUGUGGGUUUGUUAAGGGUUAUGGUUCGUUGAUGCUUUGCAGUCCUUCUCGUCGUCUAAAUUCAAGCAUCAACGACGGUUAUGGUGGUGCUUAUAGGCUGCUUAGCCCGUUGAAAAUGCUUAAGAUAAACCAAUUUUAAUCAUGUAUAUAUCAUCGUUAAUGGUGAUUAAUUUUGUGCAAACAUAUGUAAUUCAAGUGCUUCAAAGAAAUGCAAUACAAGUAGAUUAA